AAUAUACGGGGAAGAGGUGCAGAGGGGACAGCUUGCUUUGAUUUUUAAACUGGACACGACCUUGGCCAAGUUUGAGGACUUAAGAACGGGAUGGAUAACGGGUCGUGUUUAUGCCUGCCUUUUCCAAGCAUCAUCAUUAAAUGAAACAUCAGCUUAUUUGGUAUUUACAGACCCAGAGUUUAAUUAUAAAGUAGAGGAGGUUAGUGAUGAAGCUACCUUUAAGGAUACUGUUAGGGGUAAAGUUAAGUUUGUCCAUCAUCUCCGUGAUGAUAAAGGGGACCCUAUAGAGUCCACUGACCAGUCUUAUUCAACUAGAACAGUAGACAUAUAUUGA